AUGAAUCUACACAGUGAAUGCACCAUUGUCAGUGAACCUCCGGAUUUGGAAAAAAGCAUGGAGUUUUCCAGGGCCGGAGAGGCGGAUGCUGCCCAGUCUCAAGUCAUCAAAGUAUGGUCCAUCAAUUACACUUUCGUUAAGGGAGUCGAAACCCCAUUCAUUGAUACCUUGGAAGUAGAAUUGAUGUCUAAUGGGGCGAAGAAGGCUGUGAUGAAAAACAGGACGUAUACCGAUGUGAUGGAGAUGGACGGAGGCGAGGAUGCAGUGACAGAAUUUGGGCUUAUUUCCGAUAAGCCGAUCGAAAAAGCAGAAAUAGGGAACAUGUAUUGCCACUGA